AUGUGUAAAAAGGACUUUGGGGUGGAAUUUUAUGCUCGUAAAGCUCCAAACGGCGUAAAACUAAGGUACAAAGGAGCUUUGGAUGGCCGGUGCACAAAUCCCGGAUUUGUGCAUGGCGAUCCUCCAGAGCCUGUGCAUGCGCUUAACAGCGGCAACGAUUUUAACGCCGGCAAAAAAAACUAA